UUGUGCGUAUAUAUGAAAUCAUUCGUGCAUAGCACAAGUCACAGUCCGGCAGUAAUUUUGAAAGCUAUUAAAAACGUGUCGUUUUUUCAAUUGUGACAUUCUUAAUUUGCCGGGCUCUGGCACAAGUAUCAUUCAGUCAGAUAUUUCGUUUAUCUAAGUUUGUUUGAGUGUAAAUUGUUAUUCUUACAAAAAGAUUCUUCAAUUUCUUUUUUGAGAGAAAAAACUUAAAAAUGGAGCAAUUAAGAGAAACGUUGAACGAAGCAGCAUAUGACCAACCAACAAUAAGUUCAACAAUUCAACAAGAUUCGCCAAUUUGGAAUGCAAAAGUCGAUGCUCUCGAGUGUGUAUUUGAAUAUUUGAAUUUGAACGACAUUUGUGCUAUUGGUAAAACGUGUAAAAAAUUACAUUUAAUCGCUGGCAACUAUUUCAAUUGUAACUAUCCAUCACAGAACUUGAUUAUCCGUGCUUGUAGGGAUGAGAUAAUUCAAACGAUGAAUAAUUUUUUUACGUACAAUUCAACUACGAAUUUUGGUCCGUUUACACAGCGACUUGAAGUUUAUAUCGACUCCGGAAAUGAACUACCUUAUGUGGCGAAAAAUGUGAAUAAAAAAUUGAAAGCGAUUGUUUUUUGUAUGGGUCGUUGUCGAAAUUUGAAUUUGGAGUGUAUAAAAGACAUUCUAAAAAGUGUUGAAUAUAUUGAGUUGAAGUAUAAAAUUUCAACAAUGUCUCCACCGAAUCUUAAAUUUUGUGAAAAUUUAAAAUACCUCAGUUUGAACGUUUACAAUUUUAAUUUAAUUUACAAUCAUCACUAUCCCACUCUUGAAACGUUGGAAGUAAAUUUUGAUUUUGAAAAGUCCAGCUUUGAAGUAAUUACGUUUCUUAAAAUGAAUCCACAAAUUAAAAGAUUAUCAAUGAAGGAGCUCGACACAGAUCUUAUGCUGCAUAUAAUUAAGGAAGCCGAACCAAAGCUUGAUAUGCUGUCAAUCUAUAUGUAUGAGGGUGAAGUUGUUGAAAUCAGUGAACGUUUGAAUCCUUAUCAUGAGCUUGGUUAUUUUAAACGUUUUUCAUUUAGCGGAAAUUUCUCAUCAUUUUUGAGUGACAUACGUAAAGUUCCAAGUCUCUCUGGAUUAUUUAUUAGUCACUAUCGUGAACGUGAAUCGAAAAUUGAUGAAAUUAGUCACGGUCUUUGUGAAAUGGUGAAAUUAGUAGACUUAAAUAUUUCAUAUAUAACAUACAAAGAAGCCGACAUUCUAUCAAAGUGUUUGGUCAACAUUGAAGAGAUCAAUUUAUUCAAUGGCUCUUUGCAACUAUUGUCUCUUUUUGCUCGAAGAUUACCAAAACUUAAAUUAGCAUCAUGUUCGAAAACAAUAGAAUAUUAUGAAGAUAACGAUAUAAAUGUUAGUCUUAAGGAAAUUAAUGACGAACGUGCAAAACUGCCCAACGCACACAAAUUAAUAAUUUAUGUUGGAGAUGAUAUGGUAUUUCAACGUUUGAGAUGGAAAUUCAUUGAUUUAAAUUUUAAUUACUUGGAAAUUCGGUCAAUGUUACGGUUUUGUCAUUACGAAUAAAUGAAAUUCAGAUAACUUACCAUUAGUUAGAA